UGCCGGCUUUUGUCGUCUGUCAAUAUAUUGUUGUAGUAUUGGUAUGGUUAUAGUAAAAAAUGGCGUUGUGUUGUGCCAUUUCGAAUGAAGUUCCCGAACACCCAGUGGUGUCUCCUUCAUCGGGUGCUAUUUUUGAAAAAAGAAUAAUAGAAAAAUACAUUCAAGAAAACGGUGUCGAUCCAAUAAGUGGCAAAGAGUUAUCUACUGAUGAUCUUAUUGAAAUAAAAACUCCACCAAUUGUAAAACCGAAACCACCUAGUGCAACUAGUAUUCCAGCCACUUUAAAAUUAUUACAAGAUGAAUGGGAUGCUGUCAUGUUAUACAGUUUCACUCAGAGACAACAAUUGCAAACUGCAAGGCAGGAAUUAAGUCACGCUUUAUAUCAACAUGAUGCUGCUUGCAGAGUUAUAGCUCGACUUAAUAAGGAAGUUACAGCAGCCAGAGAAGCUUUAGCCACUCUGAAACCUCAAGCUGGUAUUACAACAGUACCUCAACCAGCUGUAGCUGCAGAAGCAGCGGGAAUAGCUAAUCAACCAACAGAACAAGCUGGCAUGAGUGAGGAAGUAAUAGAAAAAUUACAAGAGAAAGCUACAGUACUAACUCAAGAACGUAAGAAGAGAGGCAAGACUGUUCCAGAAGAAUUGACUACUCAAGAACAAUUGAGAGCUUUCAAAACAUUAUCUUCACUUAUUGGUCUUCAUUCAGCUAGUAUUCCUGGUAUAUUAGCAUUAGACGUUCAUCAGUCUGACACUAGCAAAGUGUUGACUGGUGGAAAUGACAAAAAUGCCACUGUAUUCAAUAAAGAUACUGAACAAGUAGUUGCCAUAUUGAAAGGACAUACCAAAAAAGUGACAAAAGUUAUAUAUCAUCCAGAUGAAGAUUUGGUACUGACAGCUUCACCUGACACAACAAUCAGAAUAUGGAAUGUACCAACAUCACAGACAACUCUUUUGCUGAGAGCUCAUGAUGGACCUGUUACCGGACUGUCACUUCAUCCCACAGGAGACUUUGUAUUAUCGACGUCAGAAGAUCAACACUGGGCAUUUUCAGAUAUCAGAACUGGUCGUUUAUUAACUAAAGUUUCUGAUAAUUCAAAUGUACCACUCACAACAGCUCAAUUACAUCCUGAUGGGUUAAUUUUUGGUACUGGUACUGGAGAUUCCCAAGUCAAAAUCUGGGAUUUAAAAGAACAAAGUAAUGUUGCUAAUUUCACAGGUCAUUCGGGGGCAAUCACAACAAUUGCAUUUUCUGAAAAUGGUUACUAUUUAGCUACAGCUGCUGAUGAUGCUUGUGUAAAACUUUGGGAUUUACGGAGAUUGCGAAAUUUCAAAACAUUGCAACUAGAAGAAGGUUACCAAAUAAGAGAUCUAUGUUUUGAUCAAAGUGGUACAUAUUUAGCUGUUGCUGGAACUGAUGUUAGGAUUUACUUAUGUAAACAAUGGCAAGAAUUAAAAAUUUUCAACGACCACACUGCCACUGCGACAGGUGUGAGAUUUGGAAAACAUGCCAGGUUUAUUGCUUCAACUUCAAUGGAUAGAACAUUAAAAUUGUAUGGUUUAGAUUGAAGUUAUAAAAUGAAUAGUAGCAUAGGCACAUACAUUAUUCACAAUGUUUAUAAGCUGCUAUUCCAUUGUAUUAUUGUAAAUUUACUUUCACAAUUGUUCUUUAAAUUCAAGUAAAAUGUUUUGUAUUUACAAAUAAUUUAAAUAUGCUUAUUGUUUAUUCAUUAAUAAAUGAAAUAAAACAAUAAA